AACACGGACCUCCCACCAGGCUGUCAUGAGGACGGAAAAUGGGCUCGAGUAUUCAUACCAACGAUCUUGCUGUGGCUUGGCGCACAAGAGGAACUCUGGACUAUUGCUGACAUUAAGCUGCUUGAUGCAUGCAAAGAAAUUUUCAAGGUCGUCUACGGGGAUAUUUGCUACAAUCUUACCAUAUCUGGGUCCGUUUUUGGUGUUGUCACACAACGUGUUGGCGAAUGGCGUAGCAACUUCGGGUCUACAGCACUUGCCCUCGCGGUUCAUUUCUGUGUCGUCAAUCAAGAUUCAGCACCAAGGGAACUUUCGACUCUCCUCCUGCACAAAUAUGCAUUUUUAUACCCUAACCCUGAAAAGAUUGACAAGGAUGAGACUUUCCGUUCUCCGUUUGUCCAAGAGCUUCUUGCUACUGCGCAUCUCGCUAAAAUCUUGGGACACGCUGACGUUCCUGUUCUCCGCACUGACAGCUUGGUUAAAAAUGGUUUCAUUGGGGCCCUGGGCUUGUGUGCGGUCUCGCUCGAACGUGCUUUCACUCUUCUCGCUGAUAGCACUGUCACUCUUGACAGCGAGGAGAACUCGGAGCUGCCGAUCAAUGUGCGGAAAGCUCGCCUCAAGACGCCCAAGACCUUCAACAAAGCUACUGGAAAGGAGACGACUUCCGAACACGCAUUCUCAGUUGCUAAAUGGAGCUCCAAGACUGCUGCAUUUGUAUGCGGGGCGAAAAAGAAGGGCACGGCGGCAACAGAGCUCACUGUCUCGAUGGCGUGGAAGGUUCUGAAAAAGCCUGGUUUCGAGAAAUACACUGGCAAUGACAUGUCCGACGAGGAUGACGAUCGCGCAGACAUUUGGUAA